AUGCCGUGUGAGCCAAGGAAGCUUCUGGGCCUGGCCUUGGCCAUCAUCGGCUUUCUGGGGAGCGUCAUUAUCUGUGCUCUUCACACAUGGAAAAUCAUAACAGGCUUCAAAGAUACCACAGUGUACUACUGCGAUGGGGAGGGUUUGUGGAAGAAAUGUGGAUUCCCAGAAGACUCAGCCUUUGGUAUGUGUAUGAAUUACGAGCACAUACCAUUACCUAAAGAGCUGAGAGCUGCCAGAGCACUUAUCAUCAUUGUCAUUAUCAUUGAGCUCCUUGCGAUCCUGCUUGGUGUGGCUUGGAGUAAGUUUAUUAACUUUGUGCCAGAUGAAAGGCAAAGGAGCAAAAUGGCUAUGACUGCAGGAAUUGCCUACCUCAUUGCAGGCCUCUUUGUUCUCAUACCAGUCUGCUGGACAGCCAACACCAUCAGUGAUCAUUUUAAUCCUACCCAGUCUUUAAGAUCCUCAUCAUGGGAUGCUUAGAAAGAUGAGUGGGGAGCCUCGCUCUACAUUGGCUGGUUCACCGCCGUCCUUCUGUUCCUGGGAGGAGGCCUCGUCUGCAGCUCCUUUUUCUGCAGGGGAGAAACUGACUAA